AGCAGGUGGAUAAAACUCUGUGGGGCAGAUUUUACACUCAUCACAGUCUAUUGUUGUAAAUAAAUAUUCAGAUUUGAUCCAACACGUCAAGAUGAAGACAUUUGUUUUGUUCUCACUGAGUGUUGCAGUGACUCUGGCAAUGCCUCCAUUUGCUCCUGGUGUGGAACGAGACUCAGACUUACCUACAGAAGAGCAGCGCCCUCUGGUGGGAGACUGGGUGCCGGUGCAGGGUCAUGUGGAGGUGGAGGUUCCUGCACCACAGAUCAGACUGGGCUCUGAAAAAUCACCUGCAGCUCCAGAGGACAUGGAGCAGAGCCAGAGAGAGAGUCUGGAGGAAGUAGAGGUUAAAGUGGUGCCACACGAGAAGGUGGAGCAGGAAGGUGUGGAGGCUAAAGUAAGGCCGGAGGUUAAGGUGGAGCAGACAUUUGUAGCAGAGCAAGAAGUUAAAGAAGAACAAGAGGUUAAGGUGGAGCAGGAGGUUAAAGAACCAGAGGUUAAUGUGGAGCAGGAGGUUAAAGAGGAGCAAGUGGAUAAGGUGGAGCAGGAGGUUAAAGACGGUCAAGGUGUUUGGGUGGAGCAGGAGCUAAAAGCAGAGCAAGAGGGUAAACCAGAGCCACAAGUUAAGGUGGAUCUAGAGCUGACUCGAGCUGACUCCGACCUCAAGGUGGAGUCAGAGGUUAAGGUGGAACAAGAUGUUCAACUAGAGCCAGAACUCAUAGAGAACCCGAUGUUUGAUGAGGAGUUUCAGGUGCAGAUGAACCUGGAGGUGAAGGAUGAACCGGAUCAGGAGGAUGAAGAGAGGCACAUGGACAUGGAGAGAAACUAUGAAAUCAUGAAUGAACCAGUCAUGGAGUCGGAGCCACAGGACAAUGUCGGCAUGUUUGGAGAGGAAGGGGGCGAUGCAGAGCUGUCCGAAAUAGAGAAGUCUUUGAGGGCGGCGUUUCAGAGCCAAAAUUCCGUCUUUGAACCUCUGUCAGAAGAGGAGGGGCUUGUGAUGAAGGACGAAGAACCAAUCAUGGAGCUGGAUUCCGAGAUGGGGAAUGAACCGUUUCAAUAUCAAGAGGCCAUCGUUAAACCUCUGUCAGAAGAGGAGGGGCUUGUGAGGGUUGAGGAAGAACCAAUCAUGGAGCUGGAGUCCGAGAUGGGGAAUGAACCAUUUCAAUAUCAAGAGGCCUUCCCAGAUGCUGUGAUCAUGGGAGAGGGACCAGCGUUGGACUUUAAGUCAUAGCAGAUGUCAUAGAUUAUGAAACACUUCACCAAUUUCAAGUACAAGAAGACAGAAGUCUCAUGGUCAUCUGUGGUGUUGUGUUUAUUUAAUAAUGCUACUUGACAAAAUAUAUAAAAAUGCUGAUGGAAAUAUAACUUCCUUGAUGGACGCAAUAAAAAAUCGUAAUG